CUCUCUUACUCAGUCACACCUGUCAGCCUCAACAAACGCACCUCCGCAGCUCAGUGAGACACUCCAACCGAUAUGGCAUCGCAGGAACCGGCCGUGCCAGAAACACUGAACAUCGUCAUCUUGGGCGCGUCCUUUGCCGGGCUCUCUGUCGCGCACAACGUGCUGACGAACAUCAUGCCAGCGCUGGGCACGUUCGACAAAGCCCCCAAGUACCGCGUCGUGCUGGUCUCGCCGUCGACGCACCUGUUCUGGAAUAUCUCGGCGCCCAAAUGCCUCGUCUCGAACCAGCUGAUUCCCUACACCGACUCGUUCAUCCGCAUUGUUGAUGGCUUCGACCGCUACCCCGCUGAGCUCUUCACUUUCAUCCAGGGCACCGCCAGCCUGCUCGACACGGACGCCCGCAACGUCGCCGUGACACUCGCCGCGCCCCCCACCAGUAGCAGCAGCGCCCACCAUCGCACUUCCACCGCCAGCACCACAGCCGUCCAAGCCCUCCCAUACCACGCGCUAGUGCUCGCCACAGGCAGCUCAGCCAACUCCCCCCUGCUGUCCCUGCACGGCGGCCACAAGCAAACCCAAGCCGCGCUCGACGACUUCCACGAGCGCCUGCGCGACGCCAACAGCAUCCUUGUAGUCGGCGGCGGCCCGUCUGGCGUCGAGACCGCGGGCCAGCUCGGCGUCUACUUCAAUCAGCGCUCGAGGCUGGCACGGCUGCGCGCUGCGCUUGGCUUGAGCGCUAGACAGGGCGGCGUUAACAGCGACGGUGCGGCUGGCAGUAACAACAACAACAACGGCGCCGGCACAGGCUCCAGCAGCAGCGCUACGCGGCACCGCAGCCGUGUCCACGGCUCCAGCGUCGCGUGGGACCCGCCGCGCAAGCCGAAGACGAUAACGCUGCUAUCAGGGCACGACCGACUGCUCCCCCAGCUCGCGCCCUCGUACGGCAUAAAAGCGGAGCGCAAACUCCGCCGGCACGGCGUCCACGUCCUGCACAACGUGCGGUUGAUCGCGGCGACCGAGGACGGCAGUACGGGGCGCGCGGCCUGCCAUCUCAACGACGACACGACCGUGCAGGCGGACCUGUACGUCGCGUGCACGGGCGUGUACCCUAACACUGCAUACAUGCCCAGCCGGCUGCUCGACGCGGCGGGGUACGUCGUCACGGCGCGGGAGACGCUGCGCGUGGUAGGUGGGGGGGCGCGCGUGUUCGCAUUGGGCGACUGUGCCGCCUACAGUAAUAACUACACGCUCGAUGUGUACGAGGCGCUGCCGGCCGUGGUGGCGAAUCUGCGCAACGACUUGCUGGCGUUUGAGCUGGCGAUGCGCUUUCCGUCUGGCAGCGAGCGGCUGAAGGCUGAGUUGAGAGCGUUGGUGGAUAAGGCCUAUGUCCAGAAUCCGACGGAUACCUUGCUCAUGCCGUGUAGUAAGCGCGGCGGCGUCGGCGUGCUGUUCGAUUGGAAUGUCCCGAGCUUGGCGGUGUGGGCGCUCAAGGGGCGGGAUUAUAAGGUCCCGAAGGCGAGGCAGGUCGUUGAGAAGGGCGUUAAUCCGUAUGGGUGAGGAGGUGGGGAGAGGGG